AAAACGCCCCCUCCCACUCCGAGUGCCCCCGCUUCACAUGCAACUCAAAACACAUAAAGCCUCCAUGUUGCACUGGGACUGAAGGGCCGCUACACAUGAACUGUGGUAGCUAACUUUACCGUUCAACAGCUUGCAUGUUUUAAGAUAAGAACAAUCGUCCGACGGGCUUCCUUCUGUUUUGUUCGACACACGGCCUCACAUUUCAGGAUACCCGGAGCUUCAAGGCUAACACAAGCUACUUGCUAACUUCAGCUAGUUAGCAAAUCAACCUUUGUUGCUUCUGUUUUUUUAAAGCUGUUUGCGCAGUUGGUUUUUUCCCACGAAGCUUUUUUUUGCUUUUGCAGCGAUGAUAUUAUACGGAGAGCCAUAAAUGACAGCCAUUCUCCGGCUUCCUUUUAAACACCGUGCUAGCUGGCGGGCUAACACCGCUGACACAACACUUCAGCCCCGGACGGUCAUCCUCUUCUUAACCCGCUAAGCUAACAGGAGUUAGCAACCACGUUAGUAACGAGUAACAGUGAGGGGAAUACAACAGGAAUAACUACCCGCAUAAAUGGACCACAUGUCCAUAAUAACCCAAGUUUCCAACCCAAAGGAGGAGGAAAUAAUAUGUUUCAACCAGGAAAAAGCGUCCCAGUCGAACAGCAGCCUAAAGAAGCAGAGGAGCCGGAGCAUCUUUAGCACAUUCUUCUGCUGCUUCCGCAAUUACAAUGUGGAACCCCCAGCCAACAACACCAACACCAGCGCCCUGCCUCCACCUGUUGAGGAGAAUGGAUCUCCUCCCAAGUGUGACCAGGUCGAGGUCAUCCCUGUCCCUAGUCCACCAGCCAAAUACCUCCUACCUGAGAUGAUAAUAUCUGACUAUGGCAAAAAGUGUGUGGUGAUUGACUUGGAUGAAACGCUCGUCCACAGUUCAUUCAAGCCCAUCAGCAAUGCUGAUUUCAUUGUUCCAGUGGAGAUCGAUGGUACCGUUCAUCAGGUUUAUGUGCUGAAGCGACCCCAUGUGGAUGAGUUUCUUCAAAAGAUGGGCGAGCUUUUUGAAUGUGUGCUCUUCACAGCCAGCCUUGCCAAGUAUGCAGACCCUGUGGCAGACCUGCUGGACCAGUGGGGCGUGUUUCGAGCACGACUCUUCAGAGAGUCCUGCGUUUUUCACAGAGGGAACUAUGUCAAAGACCUCAGCCGGCUGGGACGAGAGCUCAGCAACGUCAUCAUUGUGGACAAUUCACCCGCCUCGUACAUUUUCCACCCAGAAAACGCUGUUCCGGUCCAGUCCUGGUUUGACGAUAUGAAUGACACAGAGCUCCUGGACCUGCUGCCUUUCUUUGAGGGACUCAGCAAAGAGGAAGAGGUUUACGGGGUCCUGCAGAACCUAAGAGGCAGGUAGCAGGACACACCACAGUCUUCCUCUCUGUCCACCUCCGCCCGUCUCUACAGCCACAUCAUCUCUCAGACUCAGGCAGAUCCUCCCACACGCGACCCUCUUGUCUCUGCCCCAAGGGGACGCCAUGGAGUCUCACUGUGGAAACCGUCACGUUUAACCCCGUCUUAUUUCCUGGUGACCGGCUGCCUUCUGAGUGCAAUCAGAAAGAAAAAAAAAAAAACCCAAACACUAAAUAUCCCAGGAGCACUGUGUUUCACCAGAAGACACACGUGAACGUGUACAGAGCGCCCUAUGUUGGUAAUACUUGGGACAAAAAGCUAAGAGGAUUGAACUCUGGUCUUUAUUUUCAAACCAACAAAGUUUUACUAUUCGGUGAAGUGCUUGUUAUGAAACCAAAAAAAAAAGGAAACAACUUUUUUUUUCGGAAACUUCUUUUGUGGUACCACACAAAAGCCUGAGAAGAUUUAGUCCUCGUAUUGUUGCUAUGCAGGCAGUUUCUGGUCGUAGGAAGGACUGUGAUUCUCUUUUCUUACCGAAUGAAGUGCCUUGUGUGAAUGUUGUUUAUAUAGGGAGAUAUUUUGUACAUGGCAUAUUUCCAGAGUACUCCUGUCUUGACACACAAUAUGCUUUAAAGUGGACACAGAAUAUCUUGAUAAACAAGUUUGACUUUGGUUUUCUUUGAACAUCAAACGCUGGGUAAAAGUCUCCAUAGUAUUCUCUUUAUUUUCCCAGUAUGCUUGUGCCAUUAUCUAGAUGUGACUUUGUUUCUUUCUGAUUUCAUUAUAUGUAGAACUAGUUACUUUGUUUCAGGCAAAGGAGUAUGUUUGCAAUUGUGAACCUUAUGCCCGACCUUUACAGUAGAUCUUUGCGUUUGAUAGUUUUGAUCUGAAUGCUCAGAUAAAAUGUGCCAUUUAUUUCUGUCUCUCAUAUGAUUCUCCCUCCCCUCCUUCAUCUCAUUUUAUGAACUGCCAAAUAAGGACAUUGUUUUGAACAGGCUUCAUAUCUUUUCCAGGGGUUCAGCUAACAUCUAAAACCAUUAGUAAGUAUAUCAUUCUAGGUUUGAUUCUUUUGACAAAUAGCUGUCAAAUACAUUAGUCCGGUUUUUCAUGUUACGCGCUCCUCGUUUGUCUUGCUUAUCAUACGGCUAACUUUUAGCCCGCUGCUUUUUUUCUUUCUUCUUCUUUGACACACGAUGUGCAGCUUCACAGCGAGGGGAUUAUCCUCCUCCAGAAUUGUACACAGUUGCAAAGGUAUCCCUUUUUUCUUUUUUCUUCAAAUGGUCAGAUCUUACAGAAAUGUUUUCAUGAGGUCGGUGUCUUUAAGGGAGUAUAGUUCAGUGUCUGGACGGUGUUAAAAUCACACCAUCUCUCUUGAUUUACAUCCAGUGAUGGCCGUUGUUUAAACCAGUGGAGACAGCGUGUGGUGUUUACCUUCCCAGACUCUCUUUAACUGCUCUUCACCUCAGUGCCUACGUCUUGAGAGGAGCCACACAAACCCAAUGCUGCAACAUUAGCUACCAUGGCAAUAACCUUUUUGGGGGAAAGUUUCCAACCCGAGUGUUUGGUUUGGGUGUCCGGAGCACUUGACACAGCUCGCCAGCAGAGGUUUGGUUGACAGUGCAGGCUGGCUUAGUUAUCGUAAUGACUUUAAGUGUUAAUUAUUGAACUUUUAACCUUUUUUGUCUAUAAUUUGACCUAAAAAUUAGACAAAUAAUUUUGGUCUUUUUUAAGAAAGAAGUUUGAUUUAAUUUUAUUUUUAGAAUCAAAAUACUGAAACAACUUGAAUGUUGCUCUUUUAUUUCAGCAACAUUAGCCAAACAACCUUGUAUAGUGAACUUCAUUGCCACAGUUAUAUCAGCUUCUGUUUUGGAAGAAAGUAAAAAAAAAAAAAAAGACGCCUUCCAAACCUUCAGUGCUCCGUGUUGGUCCAUCGACAUGCAAGGGGCCGACUAAAAGUGGAACAAUACGGGAGCACUGCAGAAGAACUGUGAAGAACCUCAUCAGGGCGUUGAUGCCUUACUGCCUGUGGAGGCACAAAGCAAUGUUUCUUCAUUUACUCCAACAUCACAUCUACGACUUUAAGCAUCUUCUCAUUAGCAUUUACUUUAUGGAGUGUAAAGAAGCGAGCGUAUAUGGCCAGUCGGGUGACCUAACAUUGGAAGGAAAUACAAACGAGCUAAUGAAGCAUGAAAUCCUUUCAGCUUUAUUUGGCCGUUUUUGCUUGGUUUAUGGGUCAUGAUGUUUUUUUGUAAAGACCUACACAACUUCAUGAUUCCCGACAUUUUUCUGUCUCGUCGUCAGGCUGCUGCUCCUUCAGGCGUAUCAGAAUUUUUUUUUUUUUUUUUUUUCGUAAUACGUGUUGGUGGUGAGUGUCGAGCUCAUGAAGAUGGUUUCAGUGCAAUGUCCUUUUAUAAGACUUUCCUCCACCUCUCAAUGAUUUACCUUUCUCUGAAAACGUUGUUUGUAUCAUUGUGAUAUUUUUCUACCAACCGUUUGUCAGUAUUUGGUUUUAAAAAGUCGCCUAUGAUCGGUUGUAUUCAUUGUUUUUCUCAUCCUGUAAUCUCCUCUCUCUCUCUCUUGCCUUUGGUGAUAAAUCUCAGUCAGGUCUCGUCUCUCCUAUCAGGGGACAUACACGUGUGUGUGUAAGUGUGUGUGUGUGUGUGUGUGUGUGCGUGCACAGACGUCUUGUUUGUGCGUCCUUACAGUGUUUCUUUGUGUAUCACCUCACUCAUAAUCACAGUCAUCAUUUUUUUGUAUUGAUUUCACACCAAAGUUCUACAACUCUUGAGUUCAAGUCACUGUGCAUUUUAUUUUCUAAAUAUUUGCUUCUUCUUCUUUUUUAACACUUGUUGGUUCUUGUUGGCUUACUUUGCGUGUUGUCAUCCUGAGCAUCACUGUUUCUCUUUCUUUCCAUAAUAAAAGGCUUCAUUGAAACUAA